CUGGCUAUCAAUAUCGUUCUUUCGGUUAGUGCUAUCCGGAGUACCCAGUCGCUUGACAAUAAACCGUCGUCUUCUCACGAAAAUAUCCGGAAGGAUCAUAUAGAGUGAAGAACACACUUUUAUCAAAAUCGAGGACCGAGAGGAGACAUGCGGUUUCGAUUCUCAGCUUUUCUGCUUCUCUGCGCCGUUUCGCUUGCGACACAGGAAGUCUGGGAGUGUCAAGAAGAUGUCGAUGACGAGCUGAUUUGGGAAUAUGUGGUCAGAAGACCGUAUCGAAUCGGUGGUUAUCAAGAGGUAGAGGCGGAUUAUGGACCGACUAAUGCGAGAAUCACGUGCAUACGUAUCAAUUCGCUCUCCGAUGAAGAUAACGGCGCGGCGUGGGUCACCGCCGGCGGAAUCGGUUACAACUUCGUCAAACUCAAGUUCAGAUCGAAGUACUCACAAGGACUCCACUACAGAGUCUUCGUUUACGGGCGGCCCACCCCGAGAGGUUUAUGGCUAUUUUGAUGGCUUACAAAUGUAUUUCGCACUAGUACUUAAUCUCGAUUCCCGUAUGUAAUCGCUUGAUCCCUUUUUGAAUUGUUUUCUUUCUCGGGAAUAGUCAUCUGAUUUUUUUUCUUUUAUGUAAAUAAACGAUCACCAGGGAUGUUUUAAUCCCAAUAACAAUCUGUUAUUAAUAACAUAUUUGAAAACAUAAAUACAGAUUUAAUCGAAAUUUUCUAAAA